AGUUUCCUCAGGUCGAUCUUGCAAUGAAUUCUCCUGAUUCAAUUGAUACUUCCGUGUUGUGCACUUCUUCUACUGAUCUCUUUGAGGAUUCUGGUUCCAUUCCGGAGUCAGCCUCCGUGGACGGCUCGGUUCUUUUGAGCGAAUCUACUAUUCCCGAAUCUGAAGAUGACAGCGUUUCAGCUGACGAAGUUAAUGUGCUUGACGAUUCUUCGAUAAUCGAAUUCUCACGCCGACGUCGACGGGUACCGUGUAUCGAACUGGAUUCUUCCGACGAAGACGAAAACAGUGAAAGAGAUUCUGCACAAAUGACAGCGACAGGAAAGUCUGACGUCGAUGACUCUCAUAUAAUUGAUGAAGAAGCAGAACAUACAGAAGAAGAGAGGGAUGAUUCGCGAAGUAGUAAAGGCGAAUGCGAUGUCAAAGGCCUGCCACUCUUGACAUACUAUGAGUCUGAUGGUAACGAAGGGCAUGGCGAUGAUGACGAACGUGCGGAACAUUCUGGGAAGGAAGAGAGCGAAGAUUCACAGACCAGUGGAGACGAAGACGAUGUAAUUCGCGGAGAUGAGGCUGAUGUUCCUGACGCACCUAGUAAUCCAAAUAGAAGUGCGGAGUAUUCCAGAAAGGAAGUGAGCAAAGAUGCGGGAAGCCCUGAAAUCGUCAAUUCCAGAGAUGAGUCUGAUGGUAACGAAGGGCAUGGCGAUGAUGACGAACGUGCGGAACAUUCUGGGAAGGAAGAGAGCGAAGAAUCACAGACCAGUGGAGACGAAGACGAUGUAAUUCGCGGAGAUGAGGCUGAUGUUCCUGACGCACCUAGCAAUCCAAAUAGAAGUGCGGAGUAUUCCAGAAAGGAAGUGAGCAAAGAUGCGGGAAGCCCUGAAAUCGUCAAUUCCGGAGGUUUCCUCGUCUUAUCUGAGGCGUCCAGGAAACCUCUGGUCGAACUUUCAACAAAUCGUGAUCCUCCCACGCAAGCGGAUGUUGAUCGUUUGAAGGCAUCAAUCAAGAACAAGGAAUUGCUUUUGACCCAGAUGAGGAACACUCUUCCUGACAAAGGCAAAAAAUUACUGGACCAAAUCGCCAGCAUGGAUCGUGAACGUGUUGCUGCAGAAGAAUAUCUCGCAGUGGAAAGGCGAGAGCGUUUGAAACAGCUGAAGGGCUAUGAUCAACCGGAAUCUUUCCUGACGGGUCCAAUUGAACCAAGACCAAACCACGGGGGAUUUACUCGACCCCCAGCGAUGGAUCUUAAAGCCUUGCUCACUUCGCAAGUCGGUCUCGCCAAACCACAGCAACGUCAAGUCAUGGAGCACAUGUUUGCGGCUGAUCCAGCCAAGAACAAGCUUUUCGGAGGGCGCAUGAAUGAAGCGAGACAUUUGGAGGCAAGAACAGUGACGCACGAAUCAUUGCAUGGGUUGCACGAGUCGCUGAAAUCUAUGCCUGCUGAGAAAGCUGCGGAUUUUGAAGACCCGAGAAGAAUUCGAGUUCCACUGAUGCCCCAUCAGAGAUAUGCCGUAACUUGGGCCAUGUGGAGGGAGACCCAGAAUCCUCCUGGUGGCAUUCUUGCCGAUGACAUGGGACUUGGGAAAACGCUGACCAUGAUCGCUGUUGCCAUAAAAUCACAAGAGCUGAGGAGACAAGUGAAGGAGGAAGAAGGAGCUGCUUCAAAUGAUUGGCUGCAGCCAGAUUCAUUGGCCAAGAAGAAACUCGUGAAAUCCGAAGCUACCUUGAUAAUUUGCCCUGCCAGUUGUAUGGGUCAAUGGGAAAAAGAGAUCAAAUCCAGAGUCAGGGGAGGACCCAUGGUUCAGCUUUACCACGGGGCUUCCAGGGAAACAUCUGCAAGAAGGAUUGCUGACAAUGAUUUCGUCAUAACAACUUACAAUUUGGUGUUGAAUGAUGUCUAUCCUAGGAACACCAAUCAAGGGACCAGUCCUUUGUUGAGGAUCGGAUGGCACAGAGUCAUACUGGACGAGGCCCACAACAUUCGAAAUCCUGCUUCAAAAACAGCCCAAGCUGUUUGCCAACUGCGAGCAGGCAGGAGAUGGUGUGUCACAGGAACACCCAUUCAAAACAAAGAACUGGACCUGUUUUCUUUGCUCAAGUUCAUGAGGUUCAGUCCGUUUGAUGAGCGGGAGGUUUGGAAACGGUUCGUGGACAACAAAUCUCAGGCUGGGCAAAAGCGACUGAACCUGGUUGUGAAAGCGAUUCUUUUGCGGAGAACAAAGGAUCAAACUGAUGCGAUCACUGGAGAGACUCUGGUGAAUCUUCCGAAGAGAACUGAGGAGGUCCACAACUUGACGCUUUCUGCUGCUGAACAGAAAGUACACGACUGGGUAAUGGAUUUUUCGCGUUCAGCCUUGACGGCUCUGCUUGAGCAGCGUGAAGAUGGAGAAAGAUUAGUUCAGAAACUCGGAAAUACUCCUGCGAAGAAAGAUACUUUUGGAGGCAUCUCUGGUCCUAAACUUCCAGGAAAGUCCAACAAUGUCAGCGUGACGGCUAUUUUAGUGUUGUUGCUGCGCUUGAGACAGAUUUGCUGUCACCCGCAUCUUCUCUGGACUAUUCUGAAUGAUGGAGAAGCUGAACCUGAGGAGAAGGAAUCAGAUGCCGGUACAGUGGAUGAACUUAUGUCUGGUCUGAAGCGGCUCUCUAUUAUUGACGAUGCUGAGGAGGAGUCGAAACGUUUCUUCUGCAGAGACAAUCCCUUGUUUCUUGCCACUUCUAAAAGCUCCAAGGUUCAAUCAUUUUUUCACCAAAUGUCUGGUCUGAAGCGGCUCUCUAUUAUUGACGAUGCUGAGGAGGAGUCGAAACGUUUCUUCUGCAGAGACAAUCCCUUGUUUCUUGCCACUUCUAAAAGCUCCAAGGUUGAUGCUUUGCUGGAGGCGUUGAAAGCAGUGCCAGAGACUGACAAAGUGGUCGUUGUGUCCCAAUGGACAUCUAUGCUGGAUAUCGUGGAUAAACAUUUGAAUAGGAACGGUAUCAAGGCUGCCAGACUCACUGGAAACGUCCCCGUGCCCGACAGAAUCCAGAUUGUAGAGAAAUUCAAUGAUGUUUCAUCGAAAGUCAGGGUCUUGUUGCUGAGCUUGGCUGCAGGAGGAGUCGGGCUCAACUUGAUUGGCGGGAAUCACUUGUUCCUCGUGGAUAUUCAUUGGAACCCGCAGCUGGAAGCUCAAGCUUGCGACCGAAUUUACAGGGUUGGACAAAAGAAGCCCGUGUUUAUUCAUAGGUUUCUGUGUGAGGGAACUAUUGAGCAGAAAAUUCGGAUGGUGCAAGAAAAGAAGUUGUCCAUGGCUGACUCGAUUUUGUCCGGUGCCCGUCGCGUGGCGCAAAAUAAUAAACUCACGAUUGAUGACUUGAUUGAGCUCUUUAGUAAGUCUGUGAGGAGAGGAGCCCUGUUGCACGGCAACUCCCAUGGUCUCCCAGGGCUGCCUCCUACCCAUGCUACACAGAUGCCAACCCCUGCUGCAGUGGUGCCUGCCAUCAGACCUGCAGCACCCAUGCCAUCAGUGCCUGCUCCUGCUGGACCUAACAUUGAUCUCGGAAGACUGGCAGUUUUGGAGCAAAGACUCAGCUCUGCAGAACAGACCAACAGGUCCAUGAAAGAGGAGGUGAUGAAGCUGCAGCAAGAAGUCAGAAGCAGCAGACAGCGCGCAGAGGCCCUGCUUAGACAGGUGCAGGUGCAGGCAGCAGACCUUGAUUCCAGGGUGGGCAGGGCAGAAGCCCUGGCCCGCCAAAGCUCAGAUGCCAUUGGCCAGCUCUUGGGCCAUACCCGCAACAUUGAGAAGGUCGUGACCACUGGGCAGCAGGACAUGUUGACCAGGAGAGACCAGCAAAUACAGAGAAUGAAUGAGCUGAAAAUGGAGAUUGACUCGUGUAAUAGAGCAAGAGAGCAGUUGGAGAGGCUCAUGCUGAGUCUGAGGGAUGAGACUCAGCAGUAUGCCCAUCAAAUAGCUUCAUCCAAUGCUGAAAUUGCUCAGCUCAAAGGAACUCUGCUUGGUGUUAAUCCAAUGCUGAAGAGGGAUUCAGGGGCACUUACUCCAAAUGCUGCCAGCAAUCCAAUGAAUGACUCCAAACUCAUGCAACUGAACCAGUUCAUUCUGGACCUGGACAACAAGAUCCAGAUGGAGAAGAAUGCAAGGGAAAUGAUGGAGAAUCAAAAUAAUCAAAGAUGGCAGCAGCUUAUUAAUGAAGUCAGUGCUACCAAGAGGAUGAGGGAACAACAGAACCAACGCAUGGAAAUGCUACUCAAGGAAACUUACAACAUGGGAGAUGUGGACAAACAGCGUAUCGUCAUGCAGAUCUCUGCUGUUAACCAAGAGCUGCGAAGGCUCAUUGAUGCCAGACAAGAUGGCCUGGAAGAAGAUUUGGAGGAGACCAGACAAGACCUGGAGAAAUCCAUAGCUGAGGAGUCUCAAGAAAGGCAAAAGUUUGCUCAGAUAACAGAUGCCAAGGUGGAAGACAUGAAUGACAGAAUGAGACAGGGCUUACCUCGAGAGCUUGAAAAGCCAAGGAACAGUGACUCAGAACCUACUAUUGGUCUGAGCUCAGACCACCUAACAAGGAUUGACAAACUGGAAUUCAAGCACCAGGAACUAAAGAGACGAUUAGAUGAUGUGGAGGGUGAUCUCAAGACAGGGAAGGGUAAAGGAGGCUUGGAUGAAGAUGCUGUAGACAAAGAGCUGAGAAAGAAAAUUGAAGAAGAACGCCAACAGAGGAAGAAUGAAAUUACAAGCGUCAAAUCUCAGCUUGCGGCCAUUGUUGGAAGUGAAACAGAAGCCACUGGAACCACAUUGGCCUCAUUGCGCAAAGAUGUGCAGGAUGAUCGAAAUGCCAUGAAGAAAUUGGCUGAGGCACUCCAGAUUGUCAGAGUCACUCUGUCAGAGAAAAUCAAGACUGAAACUGCAGAGAGGAAAGCUGAUGUCAGCCAACUGAAGAGAGCCUGAGAGAUGACCUGAGGUCAACUAUACACUGAAUUACUUGCUCCUGAUUUGACAUUAUAACUCUGCGUUAAAUUUUGAGUGAAAGAAUUAUUUAUUGAUGAAGCAAUAAAUGAAAGUUUCUUUUCAAUUA